UACUAUUUGUAUUAAGCAAAUAGAUAGAGGAAAAGGAUAAGUGAUGGCUUCUUCUUCAAUUAGCUUAAACUAUGGAAAAUUCUGCUAUGGAUUUCACUAUAAUAAGCAACCACAUUUACCAAACUAUUUCAAGAAUUCCAAUAUCUCAGCCUUUUUAUCUACCCAAGAUGGACAACAUUUGAAGCUUAAGGUACAAUUUCCCAGAGCAUCUUCUGAUAGUGAAGGCCUUCCCUCUGAGAUUACUGAAGAUUCUAAGUUUGUUCCUGUAAAUGCUGAAGACCCAAAAUUUGGUCCACCUGCUUUGUUGUUGCUGGGCUUCGAAGUGGACGAAGCAGCAAAGAUACAGCAGCUUUUGAAGGAAAUGGAUGGUGAAUUCCUCCAGGUCAUCUUUUGUACCGAAGACAUGAUUUCUCGCUCACUUUGGGAAGCAAUGAACACAAAACAGACCAAUUUAGAUGCUUCAAAGAUUGCUAAACAGCUUCCGCGAAUUUGCUUCCUGUCUGGCCUUACUGGAGAGGAGAUGAUGAUGUUUCUUGACGCAUUUGAAGAAAGUGGACUUGAAGACCCCGUCUUUGCUGCUCUUGUUCCAAACAGCGCGGAGAAGCCAUUACAAGAAUUAAUCGAUGAGAUUAUGGGCGAUCAUGAAUUACUUUCUUCAAGAAAUUCGAGCUAGAUUAUGACAGGUCUGGCAGAGAAAAAAGUAAUGCAAAUUUUGAUUUGUUCUUUGUGAUAAGUUUUGAUGUUUAAAUAUUGCAAACCUUCAAAGUGCUUGGAGGAUUUUGAGUAUAAUAUAAUGUAGGAUUGUUCCUUUCAUACUAGGCCGAAUUACUAUUGUGACAUUAUUAUCAUUAGGAUUAAAACUAACCACCUGUCUGACGAUG